GAAAACGGCGCCACGCGCCCAACCCGAGGCUGGGGAGGUGGUUAGGAAGUGAAUUUUCUGGAAGGCGACUUUAAAGGCGCCGUGCCUAACGCGAAGGGCAUUUGGGGGCCGCCACCUCCGCCCGGUCCUGGAGUGGGGGGGUGGGGUUGCACCUUGGUGGCUGGAAGCGAGCUGCGUCCUAAGUCGUCGCGGAGCCAUCUGGUGACCCCGCAGGAUGAACCACAAGAGCAAGAAGCGGAUCCGCGAGGCCAAGCGGAGUGCGCGGCCGGAACUGAAGGACUCGCUGGACUGGACUCGGCACAACUAUUACGAGAGCUUCUCGCUGAACCCGGCGGCCGUAGCGGACAACGUGGAAAGAGCAGACGCCUUGCAGCUGUCGGUGGACGAAUUUGUAGAGCGCUACGAAAGACCUUACAAGCCGGUGGUUCUGCUGAACGCUCAAGAGGGCUGGUCGGCCCAGGAGAAGUGGACUCUGGAACGCCUCAAAAGGAAGUACAGGAAUCAGAAGUUCAAGUGCGGCGAGGAUAAUGAUGGUUACUCCGUUAAGAUGAAGAUGAAAUACUACAUCGAGUACAUGGAGAGUACCAGAGACGACAGCCCCCUUUACAUCUUUGACAGCAGCUAUGGUGAGCACCCCAAAAGAAGGAAACUUUUGGAAGACUACACAGUGCCCAAGUUUUUCACCGAUGACCUGUUCCAGUAUGCUGGGGAGAAACGCAGGCCCCCUUACAGGUGGUUUGUGAUGGGCCCACCACGAUCAGGAACAGGAAUCCACAUCGACCCCCUGGGCACCAGCGCCUGGAAUGCCUUAGUUCAGGGACACAAGCGCUGGUGUCUGUUUCCUACCAGCACACCCAGGGAACUCAUCAAGGUGACUCGUGAAGAAGGAGGGAGCCAGCAAGAUGAAGCUAUUACCUGGUUUAACAUCAUUCAUCCCCGGACACAGCUUCCAACCUGGCCGCCCGAAUUCAAACCCUUGGAAAUCUUACAGAAACCAGGAGAGACUGUCUUUGUACCAGGAGGCUGGUGGCAUGUCGUCCUCAAUCUCGACACCACCAUUGCUAUCACGCAGAAUUUUGCCAGCAGCACCAACUUCCCUGUGGUGUGGCACAAGACGGUAAGAGGGAGGCCAAAGUUAUCAAGGAAAUGGUAUAGGAUCUUGAAGCAAGAGCACCCCGAAUUAGCGGUCUUGGCGGAUUCAGUUGACCUGCAGGAAUCCACGGGGAUUGCCUCCGACAGUUCCAGCGAUUCGUCCAGCUCGUCCAGCUCCAGCUCGUCCGACUCGGACUCUGAGUGUGAGUCGGGGUCCGAGGGCGAUGGCAUGGGGCACCGCAGGAAGAAACGGAGGACGUGCAGCAUGAUGGGGAACGGGGACACCACCUCCCAGGACGACUGUGUCAGCAAAGAGCGCAGCUCCUCCAGGAUUAGGGACACUUGUGGAAGCCGGGCUCACCCCUGAGCAAGCACAGACUCCCUGAGGUGGCUCCAGUGCGCUCUCUGGCGGCCCCCCCACCUUGGGUUUCACCUCUUCUGCUCCUACCUUCUCUUUUGUCUUUGAAUUUGGA